AUGGCAGAUCAGAAUCGGUCGGAGCUCAUCAAGAAAUAUCCUAUUGGGAAUGGUCUCGACGCCUUCCUUGCUUCGUUCAGCUCGACUUGUGAAGAUCGGAGCCUGCCACACUCGGACAUACUAGAUCGGCUUGACCGACAAGAUGUGCAGGAUAUUGUGUUCAAUCUUCUCUCAGCACUCCAAAUUCUGCCUGCCCUUCGUCACCUGCGCUCGAAGAUAGGCAGUGGCACGCUCCGUACCGACCUUCUGAAACUGAAUUCUGCCGUCGACUCCGAUGACUUCGACUUCGAUCGUAUCCGGCCCCUCUUCGACGCAGUCCUCAAAAAGCGGCCUGACAAUGAGAUCUGGGACCAAGUCUACAGCGCCGUCACCGAAUCCACCCCGCCUCCCCGACCGAUACUCUCGUCGAUCCAACAAACGCCAUUGAGUCAGAACACGAGCGGCCUCGUGAACUCGUCAGAAUGCCGCCAGAAUGUCGACCCAAUCCUCAAGUUGGAGCUCGAACAUCUCUAUGUCGGGCUUCCCCAUUUCCACAAAGCCUUCUUUGGAGACGUGCCAGACCUCGACAUGGUCUCUGAGGCAGUCUUCCGCAGAUGCACAGAAGGCGACAAUCCACUCUUCAAGGACGGGUGGAGUGGAUGGCCGGCAUGCGCCAAAGAGAGCGACGUGCUGACUUGGUUUGGCGGCCUAAUCCCGAAGCUGGAAGAAUUCGCAGGCGACCGGAUUUCUCCCGCGGCUCGGCGAAAGCUCGACAUCACAUAUAAUCCUAAUUCUGAGGAUUUGAGAUAUCGUUGGUCCCACAUUCUCGUUGCUGGCGAACUGAAAAGCAACCCGAAGGCCGACACAGCAUCGAUUGCAUGGAUUGAUCUCGCAAGUCUCUGCGGAUCUCUUAUGAGGGUAUGGGAGUUUGACCGGCUUGGGGGGAUCGCCUCCGAACAAUUCGACAUCAACAAGAAGUAUGGUGGGCUGCAGUUUGUGACGGCAAUCCUGGGAUUUCUGCGGAUGAACAAGGGGAUGCUUGGGUUUGACCCUACAAUGAUAAUAUCCGGCGGCCAGCAGUACAUCGAGAUCGAACGAAACGGCAAAACAGAGCGUCUCAUCAUUGAUGAUGUCAUGAAGCGAGCACGGUGCAUUGCUGGCCGGGCGACAAUCUGUUGGAAAGCACAUCGCAAAGAAGACCCCCAGACGCCGCUUGUUAUUAAGGACUCCUGGCAGUACACGGACCGUGACGAAGAGGGUAUACUUGUCCAAGAAGCGACUGAGAAAGGCGUCAUCAAUGUUGCCCGAUACUACCACCACGGGAACGUUCGCGUCCGCUGUGCGGAUGACGACGUCCAAAACAAUGUUCGAAAGGGACUGGACAUUACCAAAGCUACGAAUUAUCGAUCGGAACGUGCGAUAUUGCCAUCAAGUGCGAGCGCGUCCAGUAUGUCGCGCAAAGGGCAAAGCAGCGGCGCCGGCGUGAAGCGACCGUCCAGCGAAACUGACGCCAUCCUGCCGCCGAGCAAACGAUCCGGUUCGACAUCUCCAGUCAAGGCAAGUGUCGAAGCCCAGCCAAAUCGUGUACAUCGGCGGGUCAUUCUUCGCGACUAUGGAAAGCCGAUAUACAAUGCAAGCUCACCCGUGGCCAUGCUUGCCGCGCUGGAGGACAUCUCCAUCAACAACCUCAUGAUCAAUGAGGACGAUGAAAACCCCUCCCGGCGAGCUUUCCUGAUCGACCUUGACCUCGCCAUUAAAGCCCAACGAGAAGGUGCCUCGGGAGCAAAAGGGAAGACCGGUACAAGGGCAUUCAUGGCCAUCGGGGCACUGCUAGGCAAAGACGUUGGAGCUACUGAGUUUGAGAGCUGGAAUUACCAAAGCGAUAACCAGCUGGUUCGGUCCAAAAAGGGCGUAAUUGAUGACGAGGACGAUUUCCUCAGAACUUCAGAGGAAGUUUUCACGCCAUACUACCAGGCAUUGAUUCCAUGGGUCAAUAGGUUGAGGAGGAAGGUAUUUCCGAACGGUGAGAGGUGGAAGAAGCCGGCGCCGGAACUAUAUCGAACAAUGAAGGACAUUAUUCGGGAAGCACAGAAGGACAAGAAGGUACUAGGGACGUAG